CCAUAUUGAAGAAAUAAGCGCCGAUAGGCUGAUAAAGGGGAAGCAGCCGCUUAUAUUCAAUCCUCUGAACACGUCAUGCCACUUAUGUGGCAUGCUGUUUGCGAAAUCACUUGCUAAUGUGGUGGAGGUGAUGGCUGAUCGAGCUCGUCGAUCGCGAUUGUGAAACAGCGCAAAGCCCAAAGCCCAAAGCCAACAAUCUCUCCCCGCGCCGCCUUGCUCUUCCUCCUCUCCAAAGCUCUCGACCUCGCAAUAAACAAUUCAAGAUGGCGCAGUCUACUUCUAAAUCCUACUCUACCGAUCCCACGCUCUACCUGUACACGUCUCUGACCUCAGGAUCGUCUCACAUUGUCACCGCGACCUCGCGGAUGGAGACCAUCCUCAAAGCUAACAGGAUUCCGUUCAAAGCACUCGAUAUUGCCACAGACGAGAAGGCCCGCAUGCUCUGGGGUCGCAGAGCUGGAAAAGAUGAGUCUGGCAGGGCAAGAAAGAUCCCUGGCCUGGUGCAGAUGGGUCUUGUUAUCGGGGAUAUUGUAGAAGUCGAGGAAUGGAACGAAUUUGGAGAGCUGAAAGACCAUGUCACCAUAUAUCAUGAAGGCGGAGCACCUCCAAAGCCCGCUGUACCAACAACCUCUUCCGGCGCACCUUCGAAAGCCCCCGCGUCCCAAGUCAACACAAAGGAGAAUAAUAAAGCUGCCGCCCUUGGACCCCCGAAAGCUCCAGAGGAGCCCUCAAAAUCCCCUGCCAGCUCUGAACAAGCUUCCAUCACAAUAGCAAUGAAACAACUGGGCCAGGAAGCAGCGCAGAAGGCGAAAGACGGGAAGAAGGCGGCCGUCGAGCCUUUGAGUGGGGUUGGAAAGGCUGAGCCUGUGAAGAAGGAUCUCGACGAGUCUGCAGCCAAACCUACUCCCUCCACCCUCGAAUCAAGCAUCGAGAGACUCACCAUCGAUACCCCGACUCUAUUACAAUCAUCAACGUCAUCAGCGUGGAAUGUUGAAGUACAUGGAGAAACCUUGACGCCCAAACACCCUGACAAGUUGGAGUCGUUACAAUCACCGAAGUCUACAGCAUGGAAGACUACAGCAGAGGAAAGCAAAAAAGUCGAAGAAGAGGAGACCAGCUCAGAAGAGGACGAGGACGAUGAUGAGGAUGAAGAUGAUGGAGAGGAUUGAUAGAUUGUCAUCCAGUUGUCAAAUAUCGUGCCUCGAGAUACCAGUAGUCCUGGAAGACGAGCUCAGAGUUCGAGGAUUGCCGUUGCUGGCCUGCCUCUUCGACUGCCUCCUCUUUUCCUUCAGCUCCUUAUUGUCAUGGCGAGCCGGCAUAUGAGCUACCUGGAACCUUUACCCUGUAGCUCUAUCACCAAUGUCUACAGUGACUUCAGGAGUCUUGCUAUUCGUGCAGA